UUGAUAGUGCUCACCUCUGAGAAAGGAUGGUCAUACACAAGGUUCAGUAUGAGGAAGAGCUGUGAUAUUUAUGUUAACAAGGAGGUGAUGCGUGUAUGGUAUAAAAUUCGAAGGGAUCUGGAUGAGUAUUUUGGCAAUCAUGUGCAUGCUAUUGAGGAACUCACUCCAUAUGUGUUAAUUGGAACGCCUGGAAUUGGCAAGUCCUUUGCAGCUGGUUCUUUCCUCCUCUAUCAACUGUUGCAUUACAAUGCAGAACGAAUCCCAGUGGUUGCGUACUUCAUUAGGGGUGGGGCCUAUCUGUUUGAAAAGAAGAGUGAUGGUGGAAAAGUGUGUUUUUAUGAAUACGACAGAAUCGCAGUAAGUGUUGUACAGAAUUUCUUUAAACAAGGUGAAAAAAAUAAAGAAAAAAUAGGAUACAUAAUCUAUGAUGUGAGUGAGGAAAGGUCAAUGCCGCCGGAUGCACUGCCUCCUUUAGGAUGGGGCAUGAUUGUGAUAUCAUCCCCAAAUGAGGAACAGUAUAAAGGA